AUGUCCAGCCCCAUGUCCAGCCCAGGCUCGGACGACGACCAGGCUUUCGUCUCGGCCGACGAGGCCUCGCAGGUCGGCACUCCCUCCGACGAGGCGGCAGCAGGUGGCCGGCACACCGACCCGCUCCCAGCGCCUUCGCCCCACUCCGUCUCCGAGGCGGACGUCGCGACCGGUGCUACCAGCCCCGGGGUGCGCGAGAUUGUGACCUUUUUUGAGAAGGCCGCGGCAGCCCAGUCGCCGACCAGCAUCUUUGACGCGGCGCGCUCGCCUCUCAAGCCGCUCGAGGGCCUCGCCGCGGCACUGCGCCUCACCGGCACUCCUCCGCCCGCGGACGCCGCCGCUGCAAGUCCGAUCGCCGAUGCAGCCGCCGCCGCGAGCCCUGCCGAGGCGACGCAUCUUCCCGCGCCGUCACCGCCGUCUCGCGCGGAGCCUCCGAAGUCCAAGCUUCCGACGCCGCUGCCAGCAGAGCCUGUCACGCCCGGGCACACGGCUCGGACGCCGCCCUCCGCGCCGCACACCUUUGUCUCUCCUCCCGCGCCGACGCCGUCGCGCAUCCCCGUCCGGCGCGGCUCAGAGUUGGUCUCGCCGCCGCUCGGGCCGUGGCGGACGCCGCCGCUCGUCAAGGAGGGUGACACCGCCGUCGUCGCUGCCGCCCCGCGGUCGAUCGAGGCGGCGCCGCCGACCAUGCUCACCCUGCCUGCCCUCGCGGCGCAGAGCAACAAGCGGCACCACCAGCGCCGCCCGGCCGACUCGCCGCUGCCUGAGUCGGUCGCUGGAGCAGGGGGCGUGUCGAGCGCCGGCAAGGGCGGUCGCCCCAAGGGGGAGAGCGAGAACGAGGAGGCGAACGCCCUCAUGCCCCCGCCGCCCACCCGCCGCUCCUCACGCUCCCAGCGCGCAUAG